AUGGGGUUGUCAAAGGGGCCGGAAGGCCAGGGUCUCCCGGAGGUAGAAACAAGAGAAGAUGAAGAGCAGAAUGUCAAGUUGACUGAAAUUCUGGAGCUCUUGGUUGCAGCUGGGUAUUUCAGGGCAAGAAUUAAGGGCUUAUCACCUUUUGACAAGGUGGUGGGAGGAAUGACCUGGUGCAUCACCACUUGCAACUUUGACGUGGAUGUUGAUUUACUCUUUCAGGAGAACUCUACAAUAGGUCAGAAAAUAGCUCUGUCAGAAAAAAUCGUCUCGGUCCUGCCAAGAAUGAAAUGUCCACACCAGCUGGAGCCCCACCAGAUCCAGGGGAUGGACUUUAUUCACAUAUUUCCUGUUGUCCAGUGGCUGGUGAAGCGAGCUAUAGAAACAAAAGAAGAGAUGGGUGACUACAUCCGCUCCUACUCCAUAUCCCAGUUCCAGAAAACCUACAGUCUGCCUGAGGAUGAUGACUUCAUCAAGAGGAAAGAAAAGGCCAUCAGGACAGUCGUUGACCUCUCUGAUGCUUACAAACCUCGUCGGAAAUACAAACGCCAGCAGGGGGCAGAGGAGCUGCCGGAUGAAGAGUCUCGGAUCCAUGCCACGCUUUUGGAAUAUGGCCGGAGAUAUGGAUUUAGCCGCCAGAGCAAAACAGAGAAGGCUGAGGACAAGAAAACGGCACUUCCGACAGGGCUGUUGACUGCAGAAAAAGCUGACGCCCACGAGGAGGAUGAGCUUCAAGCUGCUGAAGAGCAGCGUAUUCAGUCCCUGAUGACCACGAUGACCGCCAUGGCACAUGAGGAGAGCCGGCUGACCGCAAGCUCCGUGGGCCAGAUCGUGGGCCUAUGCUCUGCCGAGAUCAAGCAGAUCGUGUCUGAGUAUGCAGAGAAGCAGUCUGAACUGUCAGCUGAAGAAAGUCCAGAAAAGUUAGGAACCUCCCAACUACAUCGGCGAAAAGUCACUUCCUUGAGCAAGCAGAUUCUGCAGAAGACCAAGCAACUGGAAGAGCUGCAGGCAAGUCGUACUGACCUACAAGCCAAAUAUGAAGGAAAAAAGAAAACCCUGACCGAGCUCAAGGGUCACAGCGAGAAACUGGACAAAGAGCAGACAGCCCUCGAGAAGAUAGAGGCCAAAGCCGAUCCGAGCAUCCUGCAGAACUUGAGAGCCCUUGUAGCCAUGAAUGAAAAUCUGAAAAGCCAGGAACAGGAGUUUAAAGCACAUUGUCGAGAGGAGAUGGCACGGCUGCAGCGGGAAAUCGAAAGCCUGAAGGCUGAGAGGGCGCCAGGCAGAGAUGAAAAGGUACGGGCUGAAGACCUAGACAGACGGUAUAACAUGGAGAAAGAGAAACUUUACAAGAUCCGUCUACUACAGGCUCGAAGAAAUCGAGAAAUAGCAAUUUUGCAUCGCAAGAUUGAUGAAGUGCCCAGCCGAGCCGAGCUAAUACAGUAUCAGAAGAGAUUUAUUGAACUCUACCGUCAGAUUUCGGCAGUGCACAAAGAAACCAAGCAGUUCUUCACUUUAUAUAACACCCUGGACGACAAAAAGGUUUAUCUGGAGAAAGAGAUCAGCCUGCUGAACUCCAUCCACGAGAACUUCUCACAAGCCAUGGCCUCCCCUGCUUCCCGGGACCAGUUUUUACGUCAGAUGGAACAGAUCGUAGAAGGAAUUAAGCAAAGUCGAAUGAAGAUGGAGAAGAAGAAGCAAGAGAACAAGAUGAGAAGAGACCAGUUGAACGACCAGUACUUGGAAUUGUUAGAAAAACAGAGGCUGUACUUUAAGACUGUGAAAGAGUUCAAGGAGGAAGGCCGCAAGAACGAGAUGUUGCUGUCCAAGGUGAAAGCCAAGGCCUCUUGA